UUAUUAGACUUACAACAAAGCAUAUCACGAAAGUCGUCCUGUCUUGUUUUAUCUCUUAGUUUUGUUCUCACACAAGGCAUCACUAGAACCGAGAUCAAUGGCUUCCAUGCGAGCUCAACAGCCCCCGCGCAUCUUUUUCAUCCCUUUCAUGACUCCAGGCCACUUGAUCCCAAUGCUCGACAUUGCGAAACUCUUCGCCCGCCGUGGCGUCGCCGCCUCAAUCAUCACCACCCCCGGCAACGAGCCUUUCGUUCGACCAACCAUCGACAGUUUCAAUGCCGCGGCUAACUCCAUCACCAUCGAUCUCGUCCUCAUCCCAUUCCCUCCUUCAGUUCACCACCUCCUCCCGAACGGCAAGGAGAACCUCGCCUCGAUUCCCUCCUCCGACUACUUAAGCUUUUUCCAUGCCUUCACGGCCCUCAAAGGCCCCUUCUCCGAAUUCAUCCUCGGUGCUCGCCCCGACUGCGUAAUCUCCGAUGCGAUGUUCGCGUGGACCGCUGACACCGCUGCAGCACUUGGCGUGCCCAGGCUCGCCUUCUACGGGCCGGGCAUUUUCGUCCACUGCGUUAACGAGAGCCUCGAGGGGCAACUCCCUCGUCUCAAGUCGUGGAGCGAUUCCGAACCUUUUGUUGUGGAGGGCUUGCCUCUUCAUAUCCGGAUGACGAAGCGCGAGGUUUCAGCGCAGUUGAGUGACUUUACGAUAAAUAUGCUUAGAGAAGGGGAAGACAAGAGUUACGGAGUUAUAGUCAACAGCUUCUACGAGCUCGAGCGCGAUUUCGCCGAUCACUACAGGAGGAAACCAGGGCGAAGAGCGUACUACGUCGGCCCGGCGUCGCUGUCCAACCGUCGCCAGGAAAUAAAUGAAGGAGUAACGAAUUCGACUACAGAAUGGUUGGAUUCCAAGGAGAGAGACUCGGUCUUGUACGUGUCAUUCGGUAGCCUGAACGAGUUCUCGGACGAGCAGCUGCGAGAGCUCGCUGUCGGCCUUGAAAACUCGGGCCACAACUUCGUGUGGGCGGUCAAGAACAGCAAAAGGGAGGAUCAAGAACUGCUGCCGACGGGGUUCGAGGAGAGGGUGAAGGGGACGGGGUUGGUGAUCAGAGGAUGGGCCCCGCAGGUUGCGAUAUUGAACCACCCGGCAGUUGGAGGGUUCUUGACGCAUUGCGGAUGGAACUCGACGCUGGAGAGUGUGUGUGCGGGGGUGCCGAUGGUGACGUGGCCGGUUGAGUACGAUCAGUUCUUGAAUGAGAAGCUGAUAACUGAGAUACUGCAGAUCGGAGUGAGGAUUGAGAGAAAAGGGAAGGAGGUAGUGAAGGCGGAGGAGAUAACGGAGGCCGUGAAGGAUGUGAUGGGGGAGGAGAAAGAGGCGGGGGAGAGGAGGGAGAGAGUGAGAGUGCAUGCAGCGAUGGCGAAGGCGGCGGUGGAGGAGGGUGGGUCGUCGUACCGGGAUGUUGAUCGUUUGGUGGAUGACAUCAGCGCACUUGGUAACGGCGAACCAUUUCAUAAAUGAUUAUGUCAUCUAAUCUGAAGUAGCAAGGAGAUCGCUAUUUUUAUUCACAGUUAUCAAUUGUUUAAUCAGUAGAUGGUUGUGAUUGUUUUAAAUCUAGCACUUAUGAUGAUGAUAAAUUACAAUCAUCUUCCAAAUAAUUAACAGCCUGUACGUGAGGUGUGAGCGUCGUUUCCCCGCAAUGGCGUGGAGGUGAUUGUAGUUGCUUUCUGUUGAAGUCGAAGGAAAUAAUGAGAUUGUGGUUGCGUCCAUUCUUGCUUA